AUGUUGCGCCGACUAGCGUCUCUAGGCCACUCGGCCUCGGAGGACCAGCUACCCAUGUCCCCCUCUCCCGGAGACGACCAGCCCCCGGAGAGGAUCACCGGAGGCCUUGCCGGUGUCUUUAAGGGACUGGCCGGCGGCAGCAGGCUUACAAAAUCACCACCACCUUCACUUCAGUCCCUCGGUUCCAUCGCCGCUGCCCAGGCACAGCCUUCACCGUCGACGAAACAUGCCGAUGACAGCCCACUCCCGACGGCCCUUCGAGGGCUUGCCCCCGACCAGGUUGAGCAAUAUGUAAAGCUGAAGAAUAGGAAUGGUCAUCUGAAUGAGAGGAUAGCUGCGGCAACUUCGCUUCGUUACGCAAUAAGGGAUUUUCCACUGAAUCCUGUACUCGACAUAUGGUACGCCGGCAAAGACCUGAUCAACGAAAACUAUCCAGAAAACGCCCGACAGAUUGGCUGGGAGCUUCUUACCGAGUGCGCAAAGUACACAGCUGCCAGCGAGCUGGAGCGCCGCGAGUAUUUUGAAACCCUCACAGCACCUGCGAACCGAGCAGACUUUCACCUUCAGCUCGCUGCUCUAGAAGAUCUCACUACAAAAGGUCGCAAUAUCACCGGGUUCCCGUACGACAUAUUCCCGUUACUUAUUUCCUGGCUACACCAGACAUACCAAAUCGUCAGAAAGGCUCGUAGAAGGGCACUGCGAGGGAAUGGGGGGUCUAGCAAAGGGAAAUCAGCCGCAGCAGGCGAAGAUAAGAACUUCUCCCAGCUGUUUGUGCUUCUGAGGGACGUGAUCAAAUUCAACUUCAAGUUCGCCAGGGACCCAGUGGUUGGGGAUUUGAUGAGCGAGCUGCUCAAUAUUUGUAGAAAAACGGCAUCGGAGGAUGAUUUGAUAGCAUGCAUCAACGUGAUCGAAGCGCUCGUCACGUUCGGGACCAUUCCAAACGGCAAGCUCAAAGACUGUAUCAAAGUCCUCGGAACGAUACACCAACAGUUGCCUCACCUGCAGAAACAGUCAUGGCACACCAUCUCCAUUAUUUGCAGAUCGCACCAUGGGCAGUCCACGGUCAGGAUAUUGCUGGACAUUCUGCGAACUUAUGCGGCCCCAGACGAUAAGGAGAAGGAGCAGGAGUUGAACAGAGAGAUUCGAGGCGCCCUUUCGGUACUGAAGAAGCUCCUUCACAAAUCGGCCGAAAAGGGGUACCCCCCUGUGUCCCUUGCGCUUCUGGUGGACGGCCUGGCCAAUGUUGCUAGGUCUAGCAACACCAAAAUAGCCGCUGAUACUCUGCAGUUAAUCAACUCAUUAUUCGACGACGCGCGCAACAACAUCAGUUCGAUGGUCAGAGACGAGCACUGGUCCUCCAUCUUCGAGGUUGCUGCCCAGUGUGGGACACAGGCAGUCCCCUUCACUGCCCCAGAUUCGGAAUCACUCCUUUCGCCGCGGCAAGUACCAGAAGCCGAGGACCCCGUUACCGGGCAGCUGAGACGCCUCAUCACCCGCAUCGAAAACCUACUCACCCAAACAUCCGACCUGCUGCAACGAGAUGAGUGCAUGCAAUUCCUGAGCCAGGUGUACUUGGCCCUUCCAGAUUCUGCUGCGGGUCUCGUCAUCGCCUACUUCAAGGAUCACAGGAGCUGCUUCCCAUCAGACGUGGAGUGGAAGAAGAAUCUUGACAUAAUCAUGGAUGGCUUUUUCCUGGCCCAACACCGGGAUCCGCUGACGCGGUUGCACGCUUUGGAAAUCAUCAUCGAAGUCUACGACUUUCUCUCUCUCACACAAGAUCUCAUGGAAGAGGACGCUCUUGGCGACCUCGUGCGCCGGCUGCUCUCUGGUAUGAGCGAAGAAACGAACACACUGGUUCUUCAGGACACGGUUACGUUCCUCGUGAAGGUCUCGCAAACUGCAGAUGGCAGUCUUUUUGAUGACAUCAUAGGAGGUCUGAGGGAGGUGGUUGCAAAGGAAAUGUCCAGGUCACCCUUGGCUUUGUUGGCGUCGCCAAAGUCCAGUUCCUUCCCUCCAGGUCAGACCGUUUACUUUGCGAACCAGAGCCUCUCCAACGUUGUCACCAGAGGUUAUGUUCAGAUUUUCAUCCGAACACUCAACACCGAUGGCUCCAAAGCAUCCAAGGCUUUUGCUGCCCUGGUUCACAUUGCCCGUUCUAAUUCAUGUGAGGUUGAUGCUCGACUGACGGCCAUGAAGAUGCUCUUUCGACUUCGAGCAGAUGCGGAAUAUCAAAUAUAUAUCACCACGCAGGUUGAGAAUGAAAGCCUUGCAGGCUUGCUUUACAGGACGGAAGCGUCACUUGCAAGAAAGCUGGCCGAGGAUGCCGCACAUCCAUCUAGGCUGCCAAGGGCUGAGCCAGCAACACGGCCGUCUCGUGGUAUAUCGUUUACCCAGGGGCAGGCAGGAGAGAAAGGGCUUCCUGCACGGCAAACACAUACCCCAAGGCCCGUAGUCCAUCAGAAUCAAAGAUUAUGGUCGGUCCCCGAUGCAGAUGCUCUACCUGAGAGCCUCCCUGAGAGACCGAGCUGGUUGCUUAUUUCCUACCGAGACGAGAAUGAUGCUAUUGGAGCCGAGUUGGGCUCUACAGGAAGGGCAGUACUGAAUAUGGGUGCUUGGCUGGAAGCGAUGAUCAGCCUCUUCCACAACGGUUGCGACUGGGAGGUUUACAGCUUUGUUCUGGCACACCUUCCCGCCCAACUCAGCAAUCAUCCCAUCUUCAGGGGCGCGAUCCCUCACAUCCACGAGCUUCGACGGUUCUUUUGCGAAAUGAUCAAGACCGGCAACUUUCAAGAGCCCCCCCUUUCGUCAGGCUUGCGGCGAAGUGAUGUGAGCAACUGUCUGUUUCACUCGCUGGCCAUGAUUCUCAGUUAUCAUGAGCACUUCCAAAAGAUGGACGAGGACGAUAUGGUCAGGACUUUCACGCAUGGCAUCUCGGACAAGACAGCAAAGACAUGCAUCCACGCUUUGCAAGUGUGCUGCCACGAGCUACCUCUCUCUGUCAGCAAAGCUCUUGUGACGAUUCUGCAAAAGAUGUCGCAAGUCAUCACACAGCCCCUUGUCGCCGUACACAUUCUUGAGUUUCUGGCGUGCCUCAGUCGCCUGCCGUCGUUGUAUUCCAACUUUCGAGAGGACGAGUAUCGCAUCAUCUUCGGCAUCUGCGCCAGAUACUUGCAGUCAGUACGCGACAAGAAACAACAUGCCGCACGCCCUAGUCAUUCGAGCGAGCCGUCAACGCCCAGUAUUGUUGUAGCACACCACCCAGAGAUGCUCGGCCACCAAGCUGCCAACGAUGAUCUGCCACAGUACGUGUAUGCUCUGGCGUACCAUGUCAUUACUUUCUGGUUCCUUGCGGUAAAGCUGCCCGAUCGACCGAGUCAUAUCAACUGGAUCGCCAAGAACCUGUUUGUAGAUUCGGAUGGCAGGGCCACAAACGAGGAACAGGCACAGGUCACACUUGACUUCAUGCAGCGUGUGGCUUUUUCGGAUGCUUGCGAUUCGGCUCAGGAUCCCCUCUUCACCGAGGAGUUCUACGGCGAGAUUCAGAAGAGGCGCUGGAUCAUCGGAAACAGCAUCGUCACCAUUCGGCAGGCUAAAGAAACGGGCUGGGCUGAGAUUACUCGACGAUAUCCGUCGGGCACAUCGUCGUUCGCCAUCCGUGUCGAAUUCUCCGCCAUGCCUAAUCAGCCAGCUGCGGACCUAUCUGAUGCAUCGGCCUGGGAAGGACGCUUCCAGCACGGUAUCACCAUCUUUCCCAGCCAUCUGCUGAUGCAGCUGCUCGCACCAAUGCCUCAAAUGUACGAUCCCGCCAUUCGACCCAUUCCGUUACCGGACGACGACAAUGUGAACCGAGCCAUCCGUAUUUUUGACAGGAAUUCCACCGUCGACGGGCACAAAAUCGGUGUUAUUUAUGUUGGCGAGGGACAGACAAAGGAGACCGAAAUCCUCGCCAACACGAUAGGCUCGCCAGAAUACCUCGAGUUUCUCAAGGGUUUGGGCGUGCUGACGAAGCUGAAGGGGGCCACAUUCAACACCCAAGGCUUGGACCGCGAGUACGACACCGACGGCCAGUACACCUACUGCUGGCGCGACCGCGUCACCGAGAUUGUCUACCAUGUCACCACACAGAUGCCCACCAAUCUGGAGCGUGACCCGCAGUGCAACCACAAGAAGAAGCACAUUGGGAACGACUAUGUCAGCAUUGUCUGGAACGAAUCUGGCUUGCCGUUCAAAUUCGACACCUUUCCCUCCCAGUUCAACUACGUCUACAUUGUCAUCACCCCCGCACCGCGGCGGACGUUUUCGUCCAUGAGAGAGAUGGCGCAGAAGCGGCAGGACGGAGAGGCUCAGCACGUUUCCCCCUUCUUCAAGGUCCAAGUCAUGAACCGGCCCGGCUUCCCAGAAAUCUCCCCAGUCGCCGAGCCAAAGCUUAUCAGCUUGAAGGCGCUCCCUCGCUUCGUCAGACUGAUAGCCCUCAACGCAUCCGUGUUUUCUCUUGUGUGGUCUCAACGCGAAGGUGGCGAGCAUGUUUCGUCAUGGAGGAACCGUCUUCAGGAGAUCAAUCGACUACGCGAGCGACACGGUCCCAAGAGUGCGCACUAUGGGCACUCUGCCGGGUCGACUGGUUUGGCUACUGCCACCGCUACUGCCGGUGGCUUACCGCUCAUCAACAGCAGCGCCCCCGUGUCAGGAACGCAGAGCGGGCUCGGCGGUGCAAGUGCCGGCGCUGUCGGGCCGGGGGGUAUGCUGUCGGACUAUAGCAUUGGCGGUGGCGGGGGCCCCUCUGGCAUCAACAGCGCAGGCAGCAGACCGGCGAGCGGGAAUAUUCGUGACAGCUUUAGCAGCUUGCGUAGGUCGUCGGUUGCGACGUUUUUUACGAGUAACACUGCUGCUACGGGGUUGAGUGGGGGGACUUCUGGGGCUGGGACGGGGACGGGGACGGGGACGGGGAGCGGGAAUGAUGGGUCGCAUCGAUCGAGCAUGUUGAGCACUGCGGCGAGUUCUACCAUGAUGACGGAUCAUGGGGUGCAUCACCAUGGGCAGGGUGGGAAUGGGGAUACGGAGGCGCUGGUGGAUGCGGUGGAUUUUUCGAAGUGGACUUGA